UCUUUGAAGUAGAUCUAAUUGCAUACCAAGAGCUCGGGGAUGCUUUAAUAUUAAAAGAUGGGCGUGAUGGAACUAGACUGUCUAAACAUCACCCUACUAAACAACAAACAGCACAAGGUCUACCUCUACAAACCCAAGAAACGAAAUGUCUGCUUGUUUGUGCCUACAAUUCACAAAGCUUGCUGUAUGCUGUGGACUUCUGUUGUCACUUGUUGUACAUAUAGUCUGUACAAAAGAGAACAAGCCAACCAAUCUGUUUGAGGCAUUCUUCCCCUGUCUUCCUGGUCCUAACAUCAGGACUCAGGAAAAUGCGCAGAGCUGUGACCUGUUUACAUAUGCAGCAGUGCAGCUAGCUCUAGAGAGAGUAAAUCAAAGCAGCAUCAACCUUUCGUCAACAGAGACGGGAAAUUCUAUUGGAUACGGCGAUAGCUCUAUUCAAGUGGUUGAGGUGCUGUACAACCUGUAUGUAGAAGUCAAUCGAUUGGGAAAAGACUUUUCUGAGGGGAUUAAUGCGACUAAGGCAGCUAUAGGGACUGAUGACAACUACAUUGUUGGCAGACCGGUGGUCUCCCUUACUGGGAACAUUGGGGUCCCUAUUGUUUCUUAUGGACUUACUGACAAUCGAUUAAAUGAAUUUUCCAACUUUUAUCGGACACUUCCCUCCAUUGACGCACUGAACUGGGCCAGGAUUAAGUUACUGGAUCAGUUUAAAUGGUACCGAAUUGGAAUUUUGAGCUCUGCUGGAUCUAUCAAUGCACAUCAAGUAGAGAACUUCAGAGACUACUUCGGCACUUUUGUGGAGAGAUUUAACAUUGAAGCAGAGCUGGCUAUCGAGAGACUGACCAAUGAGCUGUCAUCAGCCUUGCUGGAUCUUCGCAAAUUUGAUAUACGGAUAAUGUUAGGAUUCUUUGGUCCCGAAGAGAGUAGACUGAUCUUGUGUGAGGCUUCGUUUCUAAACCUGACAACUUCUGACCAUGUUUGGAUACUGCCAUCAUACUACAACCCUGACUGGUGGAAAGGGGGAGGGGCUGAUUACCAUAGUAACCAACAGACCCGGAACUGCACAGAUGAAGAUAUGAUGGACAUUCUAAACUCUGUGAUAUUCAUAGACCCCGUCAAGUAUCCACCAAUGGGUACUACGCUGUCGGAAUUUCUCCCAGCACUGUUGAAAAAGACAAGAGAAUUAUUCUCAGAACUUGAUACAGAGGUGCCUCUGGAGCGGCUCCUCCAACACUCUCGUGCUGUAAGUGCCUACGACUCCACCCUCCUCCUGGCUCACAGUCUAUCUGACGGAGAGAUCAACAGAACAAGGUUGGAUCAUCUAAUUGCAUGCGAACUUUGUAGAACAUUGCGGACUGAUCCUCUAUUGCGAGAAGAGUUUCAGUUUUGUCAGAAUAUCACAGUUAAUUGCUCAACUGGUUCAGAGACCACUAUCCCACGAUCCGUUCUUCUCUCGUCCUAUGGACAGGUGUUGAUCUCUCAAUUUGUCAAUGGCACGCACUGUCCGAUGGCUCUCUACUGGCCAAUAAACUCAACCAUACCUCAGGAUCAAGACAAUAAUUACUUUAGAAUUAACGACCUGUGUAACCAGACGUGUGCUCAGGAAGCUGGACUGGACUUUCAGACAAUCAGUGCCUGUCCACAUACUUUUUUCUGGAAAGGUCGAAAUUCAUCUCCCACUAGUAACUACCUACUGACCAGUGAGGUACCAGAGGCGGCACUGAUCUGUGUGGGGGUGUGGUCUGCACUGUGCGAGGUCUACAUCAUCUUCCUCAUUGUCUUCAAUUUAGUGUGGAGGGAGAACAAGCAUGUGAAGCCUACCAGUCCUCGUAUCAAUGUUCUUAUUCUGGUGGGAAUAGCUCUCAUGUUGCCAGUUCCUGUAAUCCAUGGAAUCACAACAUCUGGUACCAGAUAUAACUUGGAAAAUCCAUUCGCUACAAUACUUUGCCAGUUUGGUUUGUGGCUUUCUUGGCUCGGAGAAAGUUUGACAAUGGUUGGUCUCCUAGUCAAGAUCUAUAGGCUUUAUCGGAUAUUCCAUAACAAGAAGCUGAGAAUUCGUAGACGUCUUGAGGAUAAGUAUCUGUUUAUGUCUGCCUUUACUUUAAUGAUACCAGUGGUGUUAGUCUUGAUAGUGUGGAAUUCUGUCUCUUUUUAUCGCUUUAUGUCUGUGCUCAUCCCAAGGAAUGCGAACCUCCAGUUCUUGAGUGUGACCAGUUGUCGAUCGGAUAACGAGGUUAUAGACGACGUAUUUUCCUCUGUUAUUGAUAAUUACUAUGGAAUUGUUUUCCUCACUACCAUCGCUUUAUCUCUGUUCACUUCUAAAGCACCACGAAUGAUCAAGCUAGAUCUUGCAGUAACUCGAAUUGCUCUCGGACUUGGCACUUUUAUUGUGAUUGCGCUCAUAACGAUUAGAGCAGUGACAGUUAAUCAUCCGAACAUUUAUGAGUUACUCUGGUGGGGUCGAGUUGUUCGGCAUGCGUUUGGUGACGUUCUAAUAGUCAGUGUACUUUUCUUAUAUCAGGUUGUAUUGGUGAUGAGAGACUACUGUAACAUGUCCUUCAAAAGGUCAGCAAAUUACGAUUCGAAUCAAACGUCGAUAAAAUCAACCAACUAAAUGAAUGUACGUUGCAUGCGUACCAAUAUUAUUGUUUCGACCCUGAAUUGGAAUUAUGUUUACAAAUUAAUACCAGUAAAAAGUUUAGUAUUGUGCUUCAAAACUACAUUGCCAGUAUCAUUUUUGUUUCAGAGUCGUAUUUGGCAAGGAGAAGCUCUAUACAUUAAGUUAUGUGGUAUAAUCAAAAUCAUUAAUUUUUAAUCAUUCAGUUUAAAUUUGUACAUUAUAAAGAAUUUGACUCUGAAGUGGGAA